UGCACGACGUGUUACAUUUAUGACGCGCGGAAGCAAUAUGGUGGACGAAGCAACGAAACGAAGUCUUGCACAAAUUCCGCUGCUUAAAACAAAGGCAGGACCGCGAGACGGAGAAUUGUGGGUUAAUAGACUGAAAGAGGAAUAUCAGUCUUUAAUAAAGUAUGUUCAGAACAACAAAGAGGCUGAUAACGACUGGUUCCGCCUUGAGUCAAACAAAGAGGGAACCAGAUGGUUUGGCAAGUGCUGGUAUAUUCAUGAACUCCUGAAAUACGAGUUUGAUGUAGAGUUUGAUAUACCUGUGACCUACCCAACGACAGCACCAGAGAUAGCUUUACCAGAAUUAGAUGGUAAAACUGCAAAAAUGUACAGAGGAGGUAAAAUUUGUAUGACUGACCAUUUUAAACCUCUUUGGGCACGAAAUGUUCCAAAGUUUGGAAUAGCUCAUGCAAUGUCAUUAGGGCUUGGACCUUGGUUGGCUGUAGAGAUUCCAGAUUUAGUAGAGAAAGGAAUUAUAACACAUAAAGAGAACUCUGAAGCUGCUGAAAAAUGAUAAAAACUGAAUCAUGUAGUGCAAUUAUUAACUGGUAUAAUAUGGAAAUCUGUUGAGCAGAAUUUUGUGUUCAAAACUGAGGGUUCUUGGGUUUUAAAGGUCUAUUUAAAUGGUUGUUUUACAUAAGCUGUCUACUUUAUAAUUACUGUUUGAGCCACUGAAUCUGUUUUCAUCUUUCAAUUUCUUUUUCAUUUUUUUUUGCAAAUUCCAUUUGUUGUUUAGACAGCAGUAAAGGUUCCAGGGGUGGUAGAGAAAAUGUAUGAAUUUUUAAGAUAUUUUUUAAAAUGUAUUUUCUCUGGGUAAAUUUCUAGGCCAUGAAAAGAUUUGAAAAAAAAUGUUUCAGGAAUUUUACAAGUUUUUUAUGAAAAAUGGUUGUUUUAAUGCUGAAUAAAAUUUGUUAACAAUUCAUCUACAAAUAAAGCCACAACUGACUUUUUAAACUCUCUGGAAUCUAAAGUUGUGUAAGUGUAAAAUUAAAAAAGACCUUGUCAAAAUUGUUUCUUGAUGAUGAAUUCACAACUUAUCAAGAUAUUUGGAACUUUAUAACGUUUCUACUUAUUAAUACAAACAUUAGGAUGUUGUAUUAAAUGAGUGAUUUUGUAUGCCCUUGACUGAUGAUAAAUGUAUAUAGAUUGAAAAAAUGUUAUUAAAGGUGACUGGGUUUGUCUUAGUGACCUUCGUGUGACACUUGUGAUUGAGAGAUUGCUGGUACAUGUAAUUACUGGGGAAGUUCUGUGAUAUGAGAAGUGUUAUUGUUUUGAUGAACUUUGAUUUGCUAAUAUUGUUUACUUGGAGACUUUGGUAGAUAGUGACAUGUUGGGUAUUAUUUCAUUCAAGUUAAUUUUAAAUGUAAAACAUGCGUUAGUUUAUUGUUAACCUGCAAUAGAUUUUCUCAUUUUAUUUGUUCUUUAAUAGAAAAGCACGGAAGAUACAGUUGAGCUGCGCCAUGAGAAAACCAACAUAGUGGGUUUGCGACCAGCAUGGAUCCAGACCAGCCUGCGCAUCCAUGCAGUCUGGUCAGGAUCCAUGCUGUUCGCUUUUAAAGCCUAUUGGAAAUGGAGAAACUGUUGGCGAACAGCAGGCUGGUCUGGAUCCAUGCUGGUCGCAAACCCACAAUGUUGGUUUUCCCAUGGCACGGCUCAUAUUAUGUCAAGCUAGGUCUUGAAAACCUUAUCUUGUACUUAAGGUAUUUUCUUUAAUUUAUUUCAAAGCCAUUACAUCUUUUAUUGAAAUCUAGUUUUAGAACAUAUUUGCUGCUAAAGAUAUUUUAUUAGAUUUCACAUUUGAUAUUAACAUUUCUUGUAAACAGACAUGUAUUGUUAUAUAAUUUUCCUUAAUUUAUUACUUAACACAAUUUAGUUGUUAUAGACAUUGUUUGAAAAAUGUUCCAGACAACAUUGAAGUACCAAAGUAUUUAUUUUCCAUCUGGAAAAGUAGAAUUAUGACCGUUUGCCAAUUUUAUGGUUUAGACUUGUAAUAUUUUUGCAUUUUGCUGUAGGGAUAACGCAUGUUUUCUUCAUAUCUGUUUAGGGCCGUAAUGUGUUUAUGCUUUGCCACAGGAAACGCAUUUAUAAAAAGGUUUUUUAACAGCACGUGAGCACGAGGAUCUCUUUUAACACACGUUUUCCCUCUUGUUUUAACACCCCUGAAAAGUGACAAGGUCAGCAGUUUUAUGCUAUAAUGUAUAAUAAUAAAUCAGAUUGUUUACAAGCACACUGUAAAAAUAAAUAUCCUUCCUGUUUCAAAAAAGAAAUAAAGUGCUGCCGGUUUAAACCAGAUAUUUUACAAAAUUGAAAGUGGUAAAUAAAUGACAAAAUAUAAUUUA